UCUGUUUAUUUACUUGUUCACAGAAAGUUUGAUCCUUCUGAUCCUUCCUCAAAACAAAGCUGAUGGAAGUGAGUGGUCGCAGUGUUGAACAACGGCGGUUUCGCUUUCAGGUGCCCCUUGGCACCCCGGCCGUGGCCGUUACAGGAAAAGCAGCCGAGCCGCUCGGAGGCGUGCCCGCAAACUUCCAGCAGUGCCCCUCACGGCUUUUCCUCUUUUAUUUUCCUGCUUCCUCUUAGGGCAAAGCACGCCUUUUCGCUGAGAUCAGUAGUUCUAGGGUUCAUUGUAGCAUCGCUUCUGCCGCCAGGCUUCCUUUGCUGAAUAAAAUUAUUCGCUGUUGCUCCAGGAAGCGUAAUAACACAUCCUAUGAAUCACUGAGGAGAGCUGCUGUGGGAGGCCACAAAACAAACACGAUUUCUCAGUGCUUCACAGAUAGGGGUAGAGCUGCGUGACCGACGCCCUUACCGAGCAGAUCUCUGAAGCUUUCCGUGAAAGGUGGGUGACAGCAGGACAAACGCCUGUAUCGCUAAGUCACGCACUGAUUUCUGAGGAGUUUCAGUGAGACUACAAGUAUCAGGGCGUGCUGGGCGUUCUGGCACCUUUCAUGUUAAUGCAGUAGAUGUAUUCAUUCCGAACUCUGAAGUAAUCCUGAGGAUUUGCCCCUGCUUUUUAAUGGUACCUGUGGACGAGUAAAGUGUUGUCUUAAGAAGAAUUCUAAUGGAUGAAGCUCGGCAGCUGGAGAUGGCUUUUUCCCCAUCGUGUACUGUGAUUUGGACUAUGAACGGAUCUUAAAGUUGAUGUCGCAAAUGGUUUUUGGAUCAAAUACGGGAAAGAAGCAAUAGGGAUGGAACCUCUCUCCUCCACCUUGGAUUUCACUGAAGUUUGUUAUCUCUCUAAGUUGAGUGGUGUCGCCUUCUAAAAGAGUCCUUGAUAGGUUUCAGAGAAAAAUCACAGAAUCAUAGAGAUUGGGAAGGAUCUCUGAAAAAUACUUGCCUUUUAGUGAAUAUAGAAGUUCAGAGAAAAGAUGGAAGGAUACAACUUCAUUGUGUGACUUAAUCUGAUUACAUUUAUCAAGGCACAGAAGUAUGCAUAACAUUCGGGCAAUGUAUUCAUCUUCUUCUAGUGAUUGCACAAGAGUGGAUUAGAACAAAGAUGGAUGUAUAAGUAUUGAGCAUCUCCAAGGAGCCAUAAAGCAGUAUGGCAGAGAACAUGAGAUAUCUCAGGAACUUUUUUAUUUACAACUGUCUGUUUGCAUUCACUUUUUGGAACAAUAUUGGCCUGGCUGUGAAAAAUGAACUCUUUACAUCUGUUCCUACCAAUUUUCUACAAGAUGAUUUGGACAAAAAAAUCUUGAGCCCUCCACCCCCAAAUAAUCAGCAGCUUAAAGCUAAUUUUAGUUGGGUUGUGAUAGAAAAUACUACGGAAAGCCUAUCAUUGUCAGAAAUCACAAAUAACAAUGUAAAGAAAUUAUUAACUUUAUUAUCUAAUUUUAGAAAAGGCUCCAGGCUACAAAAUCUGACACUGACAAAUACAUCAGUGAACUGGAAACUUUUUACUGAAGUACUUCAGACUGUAUGGCACUCAUCCAUUGAAUACUUCAGUAUCAACAACUUAACACAACUGGGGGAUGUCACAAGUUCUCGCUUCGACUAUUCAGAUACUUCCAUGAAAGCACUUGCACUGAAUAAGGUUUUAAUCACAGAUCUAUACUUUUCACAGGAUGACAUUUAUAACAUAUUUGCAAACAUGAACAUUGAAGCCUUGACAAUAGCUGAAUCUGAGUUAAUUCACAUGGUAUGUCCUUCAUCUGACAGUCCCUUUAGAUAUGUAAAUUUCUCAAAGAAUGAUUUAACAGAUCUGCUUUUUCAGAACUGUGACAAACUAAUUCAACUGGAGACAUUUAUUUUGAAUAGGAAUAAAUUUGAGAGCCUUUCCAAGGUGAGCUUCAUGACCAGCCAUAUGAAAUCACUGAGGUACCUGGACAUGAGCAGCAACUUGCUGCGUAACAGUGGAGCUGAGAAGCGCUGCCAGUGGACCGAUUCUCUGUCAGAGCUGGACCUGUCCUCCAACCAGCUGACAGAGUCCGUGUUUGAGUGCUUGCCCGUUAAUAUCAACAGACUGGACCUUCAAAACAACCAGAUCGCCAGUGUCCCCAAGGGGAUCGCCGAGCUGCAGUCCUUGAGGGAGCUGAACCUGGCAUCCAACAGGCUGGCCGACCUGCCAGGGUGCAGGGCCUUUGCGGGCCUGGAGAUCCUGAACAUAGAGAGGAAUUUGAUCCUCACGCCAAGUGCCGACUUCUUCGAGAGCUGCCCGAGCGUGAAGGAGCUACAAGCUGGGCAAAACCCGUUCAAGUGUUCGUGUGAGCUGCAGGACUUCCUGCGCCUGGAAAGGCGGUCUGGGGGCAAGCUGUCCGGCUGGCCAGAGGCGUACGUGUGCAAGUACCCAGAGGAGUUGAGCGGAACGCAGCUGCAGGACUUCCACCUGACCGAGCUGGCCUGCAACACGACUCUGCUGCUCGUGACAGCUCUGCUGCUGACCCUGGUGCUGGUGGCUGUGGCGGCCUUUCUGUGCAUCUACCUGGACGUGCCGUGGUACGUGCGGAUGCUGUGGCAGUGGACGCAGACGAAGCGGAGAGCUUGGCACGACUGCCCCGAGGAGCGGGAAACCGUUCUGCAGUUCCACGCCUUCAUUUCGUACAGCGAACGCGAUUCGCUGUGGGUGAAGAACGAGCUGAUCCCCAACCUGGAGAAGGGGGAGGGCUGCAUCCAGCUGUGUCAGCACGAGAGGAACUUCAUCCCUGGCAAAAGCAUCGUGGAGAAUAUCAUUAACUGCAUUGAGAAGAGCUACAAGUCCAUCUUUGUGCUGUCCCCCAACUUUGUGCAGAGCGAGUGGUGUCACUACGAGCUGUACUUUGCCCAUCACAAGUUGUUUAGUGAGAACUCCAACAGUUUAAUCCUGAUCUUGCUGGAGCCGAUCCCUCCAUAUGUUAUCCCUGCGAGGUACCACAAGCUGAAGGCUCUCAUGGCAAAGAGAACCUACCUGGAGUGGCCGAAGGAGAGGAGCAAGCAUGCCCUUUUCUGGGCUAACCUGAGGGCAGCUAUUAGCAUCAAUCUGUCAGUGCCUGUUGAACAGAAUGGAACAGAAGAGUGAAGAAAGAUAUUAAAAGUCUUUAUAGUGCAGUUUCUUCUUCUCCUUGAAUUUUUUUUUUGUUUGUGAACCAAUAAAUACUUUAUGAUUUCCA